GCUGAUGCCUGCUAAGCUGACUUCUCUUUCCAUGAGCAGUAUCCGCAAUUGCUUAAGUGUGGUAAGUAAUAUUUGGCAAAGGUGAAAUGUGAUAAGUUUUAGUAUUGCAUGCUAGUUGCCUUUGGCAUACGCAAACAGGUGUAUGGCUGUGUAAAGCUGUCUGUAAGACAUCGAGUUUCAGCUUAUUGUUUUCUUCUUCUUCAUUCUAGGAAAUUUCAGCUUUAAGUGAGGAACAAAACCAAAAUUGUAGCUGCUUUUUUUUCUUCUCCCUGUUGUGUCAGUUCUAAAGCGUGUGAUUUAUUGGUACCAAGCAAGAUGAAUGGCUCGGGAGCAAGAGUCGGCCCAUAUCACCCAAAGGUCCCAGGGGAUGCUGGAGGUCACAUUCUUCCUGGAGUCUUUUUAGUUACCAUAGGUCUCUGGUGGAGUACAAAAAGUAUUUUGAAGUAUAUUUGUAAACAGCAAAAAAGGUCUUCCUCCCUUAUUACCCCCCAAUUUUUAUCUCGAGCAGAAAUUUUGGAGGGAAUUGUGAUUAUUGUCAUGGUAUUAGUAGCAAUGGUUGGCCAAUUUUAUUGGAUUGUAAAUAUAAAACCAUCACCGCAUAAAGAAAUGCAGGAGGCCCAACUGCGGAACUGGCAACACAUCAUCAUGUACGUGGUCCUUGCAAUGCUGGGUGUGACCAAGAUCUUAUGUUUCACCAUUAGAUCACUGCCAGUCUCUUUGAUCACAUUAAUGUUGUCAAAUAUCUUCUUUGUGGAAGCUUUCCUCAUUCACAACCACCCUAAAAGCCUGAUAGUGGUGGACAGCUAUGUGCAUCAACUGCUGAAGUUCAGUGCGUUAUUGGCUGGUCUGGCUGCCUUUAUAGAAUUCCUCCUCACAAAGAACAAUGUGGUUAUGGAGCUCCUGAGGUCAAGUCUCACCAUGCUACAGGGGGCUUGUUUUGUUCAGAUUGGCUUUAUUCUGUAUCCCAAAGAUAUGGAGCAUGCAUGGGACCUGAAUGAUGUCAACAAUACUAUAAUUCUUUCCAUAUACUUUGGUGUUUAUUAUGCAUCAACCUAUGUCAUCAUUGGAGUAAAUUAUGUUCUUGUUAGCUGGUUCAUUAAGUGGAAACUUAGCAAGCUUUAUCCAUCAGAAAUUCAAUUUCUGAAAGAUUAUGAACAGCAAGAAGACUCAGAAGAUGGUAUGUGAUUUUUGUCCCCAAUUACUUCAGUUCUCCUAGAGAAAAAGUUGACCACAUCUCUCUAAAGGAUAAGAGGAAUGAUUGCUGGGGUGCAUUGUAACAACGCUAUGAGACACUGUGAAAGGAGCAUCAAUGAAAGCAGUGCCUGUAAGAGGAGAAAGCUACCGCAGCAUUGAAAGCCACGAUUGCCCCUACACUGUUAAAGCAGGUGAAUGAUUAACACAUGAAAAACCUGCUUGUUAUACGAGAAGCCAUCAUCCAUGCAGGGUAAAGAUCUUCUGGUGUAGUCCCUGUGAGGAAAAUCUUACCCCCAAUAUAUAAAUAAGCCCAAUAAACUUGUUGGUUCUUCAGGAUCGACUUUAGUGGAACCAUGCUUUGGUUUCUUUGGUUUAUUUCUGGUGUCUCAUCUGAUAUAAUUUAUAUCUUCCCAGGGGACGAAUUAUCACAACAUCUAUUCUCUAAAUACACACACUCAAACAAGAUACAAGCUGGGGAGUUCUUAUAAGAACAACAUUUGGUUCUGUCUAAGACUGUCAUCAGACCCAGGGAUCUGGGAGACUCUGAGUUGGCAAGAAAAGAAUUAAUAGCAGGCUGAUAGGAAACACAAACAAACAAACAAACAAACAUUGACUGCAGGUAAAGACAGAAAAACUAAGUUUUGUCAAAAAAGUUAUUUUUGCCCAAUUACUUCAGUUCUCCAAGAGGAAAAGCUGAUCAGAACUCUUUGAAGGAUAAGAGGGUUGUUCCCUGGGGUGUAUGGUUACAAAUAGAAUAGAAAAUACAGAACUAAUAGAAAAUUUAUUGCAUUUAGAGAUCUAUAAACCCUCCAAAGACAGGGUUCAUGUUAAUUUAUGACAGAUGAGAUCGGGUAUGGUAAAAGUGGUAUAUCUGUAGAACAUGUACACUUAUGAAAUAGGUAGUCCUAAUAGAGCUUAGACUUGUUAUAUCAUUAUUUUUCUAUGACUAUUUUUUCUUACAUACUGUCUUACAACUUGGAGAAAAAAAACUAGGUAAGUAAAAAUGAUCACUGAACAAAAGCAUACUGAAAAACAGUAGAAAUCAGGCAAAUUCAGAAAGUAGCUUCCAUGAUUCCCAUAGGAAAAUGAUCUCUUUUCAUGGUUUGCUACCUGGCAUGGACUCUCUCCUCUACUUUUCAGUUUACCAUUUUAGUCAAGAAUGCUUUCAUCUCCCACUGUGCCUUUGCAUCCAGGUUCUCAUGACCUCUCUGCCAUCCCCUUGGGGGACCCUGACACCAGAGCAGGGUCUCAGCUUAGUUGUAUUGCUCUCACUUGGGAUUCUGAGAUAGCCUUUAUUUCUUCUUGGAUUGCCCUCACUCAGGGGUUCUGAGAUAGCCCUCAUUUCUUCAGCUAGGUGCUGGCCACUGACCUUCUUUGACUAGACCUAAUACAGGUCACUUACAGUGAAUUGACUCACUAUAAUAUCAUUUAAGUGUUAAGUUUGCUAUCCUAGAUGCAUUUUACAUACCACUCUCACAUCUGUGACUUGUGAGAAAGCAUGAUUUCCACCUGUAUGUGUGACUUUCUUCACUUCUAGUCUCCUGUGUUCUGCUUCUUGUACUCAAGAAGAGGCGAGCCCAGUGUGUUUGGUUUCACAAUAUGAAGGUGGUGGAAUACCAUGGUGUCCUGGGUCAGAAUGAAAGAUUAUUCUUUUCCCAUAGAAUUCUGUUUAGCUGAACUUUUUUUUUUUAUUCUUGAUUGUCAAAAAGUGGCACUAAGUGACUUUGUUAGAUGUAUCAGUGUGAAAAAUGUCAAGAGUCUGAUGGUAAACAUCAUAAUUUACCAUGUUGAAAAGACUUAUAGAAAUAUUUUUCUUUUAAGCCACGAUGAAGUUGUUCCUGUCUUGGAUAUGUCCCGCCAGGUAACUUAAGAUGGACAACUUACUGGUGCAGUUGGGCUAUUCUUAAAACUACUGUUUGUUUUAAAUCUUUCACUGCCUCAAUUAUUUGUACAAGAAAGGGGAUAACAUUUGAAAUGUAAAUAAAGAAAAUAUCUAAUCAAAAUAUAUAAGAAGACAAGCU